AAAGUCAGUGAAACACCCAGAGCAGGAAUUUCAUCAAACUGUCAAACGUCUGAAAGGCAGAAACUCUGAAAACAGCAGCAGAGAUUUAAUUACUAAAGUUUCACUUUAUUUCUUCAUUUUAUGUUAUUUUGGAGUCGAUAGAAAACAUCUGGUUCUGAUUUGAAAGGAUUUCUUUCAAUCUAAACUUUAUGGUGACAUGACUGAGUUUCAGCAGAUUUAAGCAGAUUUCCUGUAAAGCACAGACAUCAUGGCAGCAGGAGAACGUGACUCUGAGCUCAGGGUGGUUCUGCUGGGCGGGUUCUUGUCCCAAAGGAAUUUAGUUUGGAACUUGUUUCUUGGAAAUGAUGGACUGAAAAACAAACCAAUAACUGUCAUCAACACUCCAGAUCUACUGGGUCCCACAAAGAACAACAAGGAAAAGUUCAUUAGAGACAUCGCCAGACUCUCAGCUCCUGGACCUCAUGUCUUCCUGUUGGUUCUGCAACCUAAAAGUUUCACUGAAAAAGAAAAAAACUGGAUCUACAGAAUCCUUGAAACCUUCAGUGAUCGAUCAUUUGAUCACUCAUUGGUUCUGAUUCUGAAGUCCAGACAGGAAAGUUCAGAUUCCAAUUCUGCGUUGACUCAGCUAAUAGAAAAAUGUAAAUAUGAAAAAUUAGAGAUAGAGGACAUACUUAAAUGCAGGAAGACUGAUCUUUCAGAGCUGAUGACUUAUUUUGAUAAAAUUGUGAAAAGAAAUAAUGGAGAACAUGUGAAAUGUAGAAAGUUAGAAGAUGCAGCGACGUUUCCAUCAGCAGACGACCCCCACAUAUUACAGAAACUUAAAGCUGCAGUUGUAACUCCCAUUAAAGACAUGGGAUUUUAUGCAGUUAAACAAAUUACUUCUCAACUGUCAUCGUUUUGGGGACACUUUUCAUCUGGCAAUGUCAGUAAUAAACAUCUAAACCUGGUUCUGUUUGGUCCAAGGGAACCACUGAAGACGGCAGCAGCCAAGGUCAUUCUAGGUCACAAGGAUCUUCCUUCAGAGUGUGUUAGAAAGCAGGGAGAGGUGUUUGGACGUGGGGUUUCUCUGGUGGAGCUGCCUGCGCUGUAUGGAAAAGCUGAGCAGGAAGUGAUGGAGGAAUCCUUCAGGUGUGUCUCCCUCUGUGAUCCUGAGGGUGUCCACGCCUUCAUCCUGGUCCUACCUGUGGGUCCCCUCACUGAUGAAGACAAGGGAGAGUUACACACCAUCCAGGACACAUUCAGCUCUAGAGUCAACGACUUCACCAUCAUCCUCUUCACUACAGAGACUGAUGCUGAACAUCCAGAUGUUGAUAAGUUUAUAGAGAACAGAGACAUCCAGGAUCUCCUCCAGAUCUGUGGAGGAAGAUAUUUUGUUCUGAACAUCAGAGACAGACGGCAGAUCAAAGACCUGAUGGAGACGCUGGAGAAAAAUGUUUCUGACAGAGAGAAAGAUUCAUCUUAUACAACUAAAACAUUAUUAUGGGGCCAAACGGAGGAUAAACUGCAGCUACAGACUGAAGUAAAUGUGCUGAAAACAAAAUACACAGACUCAGAGUAUCACCGCACUAAGCGUCUCCGGAUCGUUCUGAUUGGAAAGACUGGCAGUGGGAAGAGUUCAUCAGGAAACACCAUCCUGGGAAGAAAAGAGUUUAAAGCUGAAGCUUCUCCUCAAUCAGUAACUAGAAAAUGUGACAAAGCUGACUGUAAGGUAGACAAACAUCAUGUUGUUGUUGUUGACACUCCUGGUCUCUUUGACAACAACUUGACCUCAGGUCAGGUUAAUGAAGAGUUAAAGAAAUGUUUCAGUCUGGUGUCUCCAGGUCCUCAUGUCUUCCUGCUGGUUUUACCGAUCGGCAGAUUCACUAAAGGAGAAGAUACAGAGACACUGAAACUGAUUGAGGAAGUUUUGGGAGAAAAUUAUAAAAAGUUUACUGUUGUCCUCUUUACCAGAGGAGAUACUCUAGAAUAUGCGGAGGUCUCCAUUAAAGAUUACACUGAACAUGAAUGUGAUGAGGCCUGUAAGAAUCUGAUCAGAGACUGUGGAGGAAGAUACCAUGUGUUUAAUAACCGUGAAAUAAAGAAUCGCUCACAAGUCACUGAUCUGAUCAAAAAGAUCAACAUCAUGAUGGAAGAUAAUGAAGGCAGCUGCUACACCAGAGAGAUGUUACCUGUAAAUGAAACCAAAAUAAAUUCUCCUGUUUGUGCAGAAAAUAUUAACCAAUAAAGUUUAUCCUGAAUCUGAUUAAAGCGUUAAAAUAAGGAGACAGGAAAUGACUGUAGAGAACAAAAGAGACUCUGACUCCCAGAAUGCAAAGCGCUUAGCCAAUCAUUUGUUUCUGAACAAUGAAUAUUAAUACUAACCUGUAAUAUUACAGCAUUAUUGUCUUAGUUAUUGGUGCUUCACUUUUAUUAUUUUUGCUCCUUUUUACAUUUUAUUAUAGUUUC